GUUUUGCAAUGGAUGACAGACAUGUAGGCUAACUUACUCUCGUGUGAAAGAAAAAAAUCCCACCCCUGUUAUAAUAGAUAUUCUUGGGGCAACCCUUUUUGGUCACUACGAGGCGCUAACGCGUACAGGAAACAGGCACAGCCAUAUGCACACACCGUGUAUUACCCCUCUCUGUAUAGAAAGUAAACAGGGAUUUGUCUGUAUCGUAAAAUAAAUAUGUCGACAACGACGGGUGGUGGAGAGUUUGGGAACCCCCUGCGGAAAUUCAAGCUCGUUUUCUUAGGCGAGCAAAGUGUGGGGAAGACCUCACUCAUCACCAGGUUUAUGUACGACAGCUUUGACAAUACAUAUCAGGCAACAAUUGGAAUAGACUUUCUAUCAAAAACGAUGUACCUGGAAGAUCGUACGGUUCGUCUCCAGCUCUGGGACACUGCUGGUCAGGAGCGCUUCCGUAGCCUCAUCCCGAGCUACAUUCGUGACUCCACCAUCGCUGUGGUGGUCUAUGACAUCACCAACUUAAAUUCAUUCCAGCAGACCUCAAAGUGGAUUGAUGAUGUCAGAACAGAGCGGGGGAGUGAUGUCAUCAUCAUGUUAGUUGGCAACAAGACAGACUUGGCUGAUAAAAGACAGAUCACCACUGAGGAAGGCGAGCAGAGAGCUAAGGAACUGAAUGUCAUGUUCAUUGAGACCAGCGCAAAGACUGGCUACAAUGUCAAACAGCUGUUCCGUCGUGUGGCCGCGGCCUUGCCUGGCAUGGACAGCACACCGGAGAAGAGCAAAGAGGACAUGAUUGACAUCAAACUGGAGAAGCCCCCGGAGCUGCCAGUGACCGAGAGCAGCUGCUCCUGCUAGUGCCCACCUCACCCACCUCGCCCACCUCACCCACCUCGCCCACCUCGCCCACCUGGCCCCCCAGCAGUCCUGCCUCCUCCCCACCAACAGCUUGUCUCUCAGUGGCCACUCGCUCCACUCCUGGCUCGGCGCCAUUAGAUGGAGAAACGUUUUUUUUCUUCCCCCUCGCCCCUCCCUCCCUCCCACUCCCUCAACUCAGUGAUUUUUCGGAGUGUCCGUGUGGAUGUGCUAUAACGCUGUAUUUAAAAAAAAGAAAAAGGUUAUCUUCAGAAAAUAUUAGUCAUGGAUUAAAAAAAAAGACAAAAAAAAUAAUCUAACACAGCGUAGGUGAAAUGCUAAAGUGUUCCGAUUUUUCAUCAAUUCCACUGCAUGGCGUUCUAUAGGAUUGCAGACUGACAUAGCUCACUGCUCUUAGGUUCCUGCACCUUUUUGGAGCAUUGGUGGUGUCACACUCGUUGUUGUGAAGUCAUUUUCUUUUCCAGUUAUUUCAGGGGUAGGUGAAGGUCCCGUGUUGAUGCCUUUGCUUUUUAUUUCAGCGGAUUGUUACCGUAAGGGAGAAGAAGAGAAGGCUUAUAGAUGCUGAGAGAUUGCAAACAACUGUUACUGAUGCCCAUCUUUGUUGGUCAGCUGUUCAUGCGAAAAUAGGAACCCAGUGCAAUAGACAAGGGGAUGUUUUAGUAACUUGGAAGAAUCAAUACAUCAAUACGUCAUCAAUACUCCUGCAGUUGAGUUCAGAAAUGGUUUAAGGGACCAGAGAUUAGUCAAGACUCUUUUAAUCCAGGACUGUCAUGAAUAGCCAAAGAACAUAUACAUGUGGUCAAACCUCUGCAAGCAAGCCAGUUCCAUUUAUCAAUAAUGUGUUGAGGAUUGAUCAAGACAAAAUGUACAAUAUAGUUAGAAUGAAUAAAGCAUUCAUCUGCAUUUAAUCAAAAAAGGGACAGUUACUCUGAAAACAAUACUGUAGUAUAUCUAGCUUAGAACUAUCCUCUAUACUUUUCUGUCUCUUAUUCACCACACGGUCUGAAAAUGAACUAGUGGACUACAGAGGAUGUCCACUAACCCCCACUUAAAUAUGUAACUGUGAACCUCCCAUUUAACCAGUGGCUCUUUGAAGCAAGUUGUAACUCAAGCGGUCUGUCUGACAUGCGGACAGGCAGAUGGCAGCAUUGGAGUGACCAUGCAGGUGUGCCCUGUUCGACACCCAUUGACUGCCAGUUAUUAGUGUUUCAUUUGUACUGUUCACUUUUUUUGUACACCGUUGUAGGAACAGCAUGCAAGACCUGAAGGUGGAUGACAGUAUAAAUGCCUUGCGACCUUAAUUUUUUGUUUUUAAAAAAAUGAUAAUUGUUACACUAAAUCAAGUCAUGAUGAAUUGGUGUUUUAAGGGCCUGUUGAAUUGCUUUGAUCUGAGGAUGUUGUUUUUUGCUGAGCAGAUAUUCAAAGUUCUUCAUAUGCAGCAUUAGGCUUCAGUGUGGGAAAGAAAAACAAGCAAGAAAUAACAAGAGUAGUUUGACAUUUGUUGCUUUUGCUUGUAUAAGACUGUUUGGUUUUAAAUGUCUUAAUUUAUUUAUUUUUAUUUGACUAGCAACAGAUGACAACAUUGUACGCUUGACCAAAAUGACGUAGAUGGUGGCAGGUAGAAAAAGUGAUCAGUUAUUUAUUCAUUGCGUGUCUGCUUGGAUACUGUAUCUGGAGGAGAAGGGUCUGAUUAUAUUGUCAUUUUCUUGUCACUAUGGUUACACGGAUUAGGGAAGUGUCCCUACAUUAAUGGUAGUCAUUGUCACAUUUACAAACAUUAGUCUGAAGCGUCACGUACACCCCACUGCACCACAACACUCUCUCUCACAAAAUGACACACAUCUGAUUAUAACCACUGCUGUUGUGAACAUCCAAGCAACAUGAAUACUCAUUACUAUCCUCUAUAGCUGAUUUGAUGACUUAAAAAAAAUGUAAAGUAUUCAACUACAUCGAACAAGUCUCUCAACACUUGUCACUGACUGACUCAGCUGUGUGCUAAUCUGAACUGUGUAUUUGAAAUAUGCUGUCUACUAGUGUUUAGCAAAGUUUGUGUGAAUAAUGUACUAUUAUUCUCUGCUGUAAAAAAGUAAAGUUAAAGAAACACCGAAGUGUAUCACAUGAAAUAAAGAUAUUUCACCAAA